UGGUUUUUGCCUCAAAAAAGAUAAAAGAACAAAACAAAUCUAUAAUCUUACACUAAAAUGGAUUUUCAUAUUUUCCGAUUUUUUCAUUUAAUACUCGUCGCAGUUUUCAUCUUUUACGAUUCAUGGUGUUAUUGCGAUGAAGCUGGAAACUAUAGUUUUAUGAAAAACGCAACCUCAGCACCAACGUUGUUAUCUCACUUCGACUACAUCAUCAUCGGAGGAGGAACCGCUGGAUGUGCAUUAGCCGCAACGCUCUCUCGAGACGCCACCGUUUUAGUACUCGAACGCGGUGGGUCUCCUUACGACAAUCCAGCUGCCACAGACAUUGGGAACUUCGCAAACACGCUCUUAGACGUAACUCCAAACUCAUGGUCGCAGCUUUUCGUCUCAGAAUACGGUGUCUACAACUCACGCGCGCGCGUGCUCGGUGGAGGGACUGCGAUAAAUGCGGGAUUCUACUCGCGUGGGGAAGAAGAUUUUAUGAAGGAAGCAGGAUGGGACAGGGACGAAGUCGAAGCGGCUUAUGAAUGGGUCGAGAAGAAGUUGGUGUUCGAACCGCCGGCUAAAGGAUGGCAAUCGGCGUUUAGAGAUGGGCUUUUGGAGGCUGGUGUGAGUCCAAACAAUGGUUUCACGUUUGGACAUAUCAAUGGGACCAAAUUUGGUGGUACGAUAUUUGACCGGGAUGGUCAUAGACACACGGCGGCGAAUUUGUUGGAGUAUGCCAAUCCGAAGAAGAUUCUUGUCUACUUGCAUGCUUCUGUCCAUAAAAUUCUUUUCACUACCAAAGGAAACCAGAGGCCUAAAGCAUAUGGGGUGAUAUUUCAAGAUGCAAGUGGAGUGGUCCACAAGGCAGAAUUGGCAACGCAAGACUCUAUGAAUGAGGUGAUCUUAUCAGCGGGUGCUAUUGCGAGCCCACAGCUAUUGAUGUUAAGUGGUGUGGGUCCUGCCGCCCAUCUCAAAGCUUAUGGGGUGAAUCCGGUCAUCCUAGAUCACCCCAUGGUGGGACAAGGGAUGGCUGAUAACCCGAUGAAUCCGGUUUUCAUUCCUUCUCCUGAACCCGUAGAAGUGUCUCUUGUACAAGCCGUUGGGAUCACCAAGUUUGGCAGUUACAUUGAAGGUGGAAGUGGGUUAAGUCUCUCUAUUAGUUUGACCCGUAGCUUCUUAGAUGGUGUUCUGAAACUUGUUAAGAAGACAAAAUUUCCUACGCAUCUCAUCUCAAAGAUUUUUGAACCUUUGGAUCUUCGCUUGAACUUGACGGCAAAAGCGGGUGUGAUCAUCCAGAAAACGAAUGGACCGUUCUCCAGAGGUCACUUGGAAUUGCGGAACACAGACCCAGAUGAUAACCCUUCAGUGACAUUCAACUACUAUCAGGAUCCGGAGGAUUUGAACAAGUGUGUUGAAGGAAUUAGUACCAUUAUGAAAGUGAUCGAUUCCAAGGGAUACUCCAAGUACAAGUACGACGGAGUGAGUGCUCGUGGACUACUUGAUAUCAACCUUGCCCUUCCCACCAAUCUGAGGGCAAGACACAUAACCUCGGCGUUCGAUUUAAAACAGUAUUGUAAAGAUACCGUGAUGACUAUAUAUCAUUACCAUGGAGGUUGUCAAGUAGGGAAAGUGGUCGACAAUGAUUACAAAGUAUUAGGGAUUGAUGCUUUGAGGGUCAUCGAUGGAUCCACGUUUCUCAAGUCUCCAGGGACUAAUCCCCAGGCCACUACCAUGAUGCUCGGAAGGUAUAUGGGGCAGAAGAUUCUUCAAGAGAGGACUAUUAUCCGAAGCAAAGAAGAAGAAGAAACCGUUAAAACCGAGUUGUAAAAGUUCUAAAUCAAAGAAUCCAUAUAUAUAUAAAAAGAUAAAUACUUGUGUGUACAAGGAGCUUUUUCUCAUUAAUGUCAAUGUGUUAUGACCAAGAAAAUAACUUGAGGUUUCUGAUUA